CCGCUCGCCCAAAAAAUUCCAUGCAUUCGUCUACUAGUAAUAAUAGCAAAUCAUCAUCAUGCGAGGCGCGGGGUGGUAUACGCCCCUAGAUACGCCCCCUCUAGAAAGGAGCAAGGAGUGUCGCGAGUCGCAAGCCAUUGGCCUGCGAGACCACUGAUAGAUCGACCUAUGGAUAAACCAUCAGCACCGGUGAGGACAGGUGGUGAGGCAGCGCCCAAGACCGGAGAGAAGUCAUUGGGGUCGGGGGAAGACUCCACAAAACAGUUAGACACACUGAUAUUCUCUUCGGGAUCGUAAAAAUUUUCCUGUAGACUUGAGCCAUCGUCCGAGGAAAGUGAUCUCUUUGUCGAGCGGCCACCUGAUGACUUCUUCUGCCCCGUGACAAAGGGUCUGCUGCUCCAGCCUCACCGCACAGAAUGUUGUGGUAAACGUCUCUCGCGAGAAGCUGCCACCAGAAUCAGAAGCGAGAGAAAAGCAUGUCCAAUGUGCAGGGAAUUUAACUGGAGCACAGUUCUAGAUAGACACCUUCAGCGUCAAGUACAAGCACUCCGCGUUUUCUGUCAUUACAAGACCAGUGAAUGUGAGUGGCAGGGAGAGAUCUUAGGACUUUUACCUCAUGUUCUGGCUGAUCAUGAGGGGAAAUUUUCUGUGCCAUUUAUCAAUGAAAUUGGAAAUACGGAAUAUUCCGGAGAUGUGAUUAAUUUGAUGCAAGCUGUUUAUAGUAGAGACAAAGAGGAAGUGAAAUCGCUGCUCUCAAAGAGAGCAGAUCCAAAUGCUUUUCCUCUAAUGAUUGAAUUCAGUCCACUGAUGCAGGCCAGUAAAGUUGGCACUGUUGAAAUCGCGCGUUUACUGCUGAACGCAGGAGCUAAUCCCAACCUUGCAAAUGACGAAGGUCAAACUGCACUAAUCAUUGCAUCCACUCACGGCCACUGUGAUGUUGCUGAACUUCUGCUGGAGAAAGGAGCCAACCCUGAUAUGCAAAACAAUGAUCGGUGGACAGCUCUGAUGGCAGCAGUAUAUAGUAACCACAACAACAUUGCCCUGAAAGUAAUUGAGGCUGGAGCAACUCCACACAUUCAAGACAAGAACUACACAAAUGCUCUCCUGUUAGCUGUUGAUAAGGAGAGUGAAGAAGUUUUAAAUGCCUUAUUGGACCACGUGGACCUUCGAUUUCCAUUCCAGUUGGACAUUCAGGACAGUCGUGGAGACACCACACUUAUUAUGGCAUGUAGGAAGAGGAAUCUUAAACUUGUUAGAAGGUUACUGUCAAUGAAGGCAAAUCCAAAUAUUUCCAACUUUAAUGGAGAAACUCCUAGAAUUAUAGCAAGAAAAUUAGAUGAGAAAGGCGUACUGCAGGAGCUCUCGGACAACCAUGUCACUUCAGAACUUGUAAAACUCUCUCCCCUAGAGACCGAGUUGGAAGAGGCUGCACCCCUUUCUGCCCUUCAAAUAUUAGAAGGAGAUAAUAUAAUAGUAUCAGGUGCUCCACUCCUCAAUAAGCAGUCAUUUGUGUACACGGGGAGAAAAAUGGCCUUUUUCUGGGAAGAUGCCGGCAUAAACCUGCAUUUCCCAGCUGCUGCUUGUGAAGAAGAAAUCAAGAUUUCGGUGAAAGUCCUAACAAAUGUUGAAGACAACUGCAUCAUGCCCGAUGGCUAUCGACUCAUGCCUUUUGCUAGUGCAGUGUACAAGAUCACAGCAAGUGCUAAGCUUUCUGCUCCAGUUAAAGUAAGGAUGCAACAUUGCGCCGUUGUCGAUAAAGAAGGUUCGUUAGUUCACAUCGUAGCCCACUGCACAUCUCCAUACCGGUUCAAGCUAUUACACAAAGGAAAAUUUCCACUUGGAGACACGUACGGUGAGAUAGAAAUUUCACGAUUCAGCGUUUUGGGAACUAUUUUUAAUUUUUUAGGAUUAGUUUCCACCCUUGCCAUUCACGUGGGCUUACAACAGAUAUCACCUUCUCUGAAGCAGAGCCACCAAACCAGGAGGGAUGGAGAAUAAAGAUGGAACCAUAUCCUUCAAAACUUAACAUCCAUAGCAUAUUGAAAUAUGAAAGAGGGUGUGUUAUCCCAAAGAUCGAACUUGAGCCGGAAUGGAUCAAAGAUGAUGAGCAGCCAAAAGAAAAGAAGGUUUAUAUCCGCGUUGAAGGAGGAAAUGUAAAGUCUAUUCCACUAUCUUGCAAGCCUCCAGAGCAACCACAGGACCGACCUCAGCUUUCCCUACACCAACUACAGGAACAGCCUGCAAACGAAUAUCACCCACCUCCACAAGGCCAACAGCCUCCGAAUGAGCCACAACCAAAUCAGUAUGACUCCCAACAAAAACGGUCUGCCACUCCAACUCUACCACGACUUCAGAGGUUUCCCAAUCUAUCUGGUGAUGAUUGCAUCAACAUUAUUGAACGAAUUGGAAUAAAACAUCGUGAACUGGGUAUUAGUAUACUUAAGGAUGAUACUGGAGCAGUGAAUGACGCUAUUGAGGCUCAGUACAGACCAGAUCAGAAUAGAAUCACAGAAGCCAUUCUCCAGAGAUGGUUGGAGGGAACUGGGAGGACACCACAAUCCUGGGCCACUCUCAUUACUGUACUGAGAGAGAUAGAGCUUAAUGUAUUGGCACAAGAGAUUGAAGAUAAUUUGCAUGGUGAAUAGUUUUCUGCUUGUAUUUUUAUUGCUAAAAAUG